AUGAAAUUUACUACUCUAUCAUUAGCUGCUUUAACUGCAGCAGGUUUAGUCAGUGCAGACUGUUCAUAUGUUAACGGUAACUAUUACUGUUCUCAAACAGAUGCUGUCGUUUACAGUAACGUAGGUUACUCAGGCGCUUACAAGGACGUUACCAGCAUGGAUGAAAAUUCUUGUGUUUGUAACCAAGAAUCUUUCUCAUUCUCAGGAUCAUUGGCUCCAUUGGAUGAAGAAUUAUCUGUCCAUUUCAGAGGUCCUAUCAAGUUAGUCCAAUUCGGUGUUUAUUAUCCAAACAGUGGUUCUACUACCAUGAAAAAGAGAGAAGUUAAAGAUGACACUGAAAACUGUGCUCCAGCUGCUCACAAACAUAAGAGAGAUGUAGCUGUUGAAUACGUUGAAGUCACUUCUACCGUCUACGUUGAUGGUAACGGUCAACCUGUUAAUUCAGGUGACUCUGCUCAACAAACCUCUUACACCAAGGUUUCUACCGUUGUUAACCCAACUACCAGUGCUGCUAACAACGACAACAACGACAACAACAACAACAACAACAACAACAACAACAACAACAACAACAACCAACAAGCUACUUCUUCCAGUUCCACUUCUACCUCCACCUCCUCCUCAUCUGGUUCCUCUUCUACUUCUCAAUCUAGUGUUUCAGGUUCUGGCUGGACUAGAUCUUCUUACUUCACCCCAGGUUCUGCUGAUAACUGUGUCUUCAUGAACCACCAAGGUGGUGUCGCAGGUUCUGGUAUCUGGUCUUCUUGUUUCGGUAACUCUAUCUCAUUUGCUGCCUCUGAUGGUGUCAGUGGUGCAGGUUCAGCCCAAGCUUUAGGUGACGUUACCGUUGCUUCUGGUAAGGAAUUCAUGAUCUUCUCUGGUAGUUCUUGUAGUGGUAGUGACUGUGGUUUCUACAGAGAAGGUAUUCCAGCAUACCACGGUUUCGGUGGUGAUGACAAAAUCUUUGUCUUUGAAUUUACUAUGCCAAGUGAUACUUCUGGCAGUGGUUACAACCAAGACAUGCCAGCUAUCUGGUUAUUGAAUGCCAAGAUUCCACGUACUUUACAAUACGGUUCUUCUUCCUGUUCUUGUUGGAGUACUGGUUGUGGUGAAUUAGAUUUAUUCGAAAUCCUAAGUGCAGGUUCUGAUAAAUUGAUUACCCACAUCCAUGAUGGUCAAGGUAACGAUGGUACUACUACUGGUGGUGGUGGUACCCAAGAUUACUUCUCUAGACCAACUUCCGGUACUAUGAAGGCUGCAGUUAUCUUCCGUGGUUCUGAUAAGACCAUUCACAUUGUCGAAGUUGAUGAAAGUUUCGAUGAACAAUUAUCAGACUCUACUGUCUCCAACUGGUUGAACAAGGCUGGUUCAUCUGCUGCCUUGGCUUAA